UCAAUGCUACACUCACGGCGGAUUUUAGGGGGAGAUAUUAUGAGGCUUGGUGUCAUUAGGCGAUAGCUAUUGAAUCAUUCAAUCUGCACUUCGGCGUUCCUCUUUUUUUUUCUUCGAUAAUUUUCUUUCUCUCUCAGGUCAUUUCCAUGGUUUUCAGAUCGCCUUUAGAGCUUUAUCCCUCCCAUUUCUUCCUGCCAAACUUCGCUGAUCGCCCCCUGCUCCUGGCGAACAGCGCGCCCAGCGCCAGGUCUCCCGAAGACUUGUCCAUGUUUCAGCUACCGACCCUCAACUUCUCCGCGGAGCAGGUGGCGAGCGUCUGCGAGACGCUGGAGGAGACCGGCGACAUCGAGCGGCUCGGGCGCUUCCUCUGGUCGCUGCCCGUGGCGCCGGGCGCAUGCGAGGCCAUCAACAAGCACGAGUCCAUCCUCCGCGCGCGGGCCGUGGUCGCCUUCCACACGGGCAACUUCCGCGACCUCUACCACAUCCUGGAGAACCACAAGUUCACCAAGGAGUCGCACGGCAAGCUACAGGCGAUGUGGCUCGAGGCGCACUACCAGGAGGCCGAGAAGCUGCGCGGGCGCCCGCUCGGGCCGGUCGACAAGUACCGCGUGCGGAAGAAGUUCCCGCUCCCUCGAACCAUCUGGGACGGCGAGCAGAAGACGCAUUGUUUCAAGGAGCGGACGCGCAGCCUCUUGCGGGAGUGGUACCUACAGGACCCGUACCCAAACCCCAGCAAGAAAAGGGAACUGGCGCAAGCCACUGGACUCACUCCUACACAAGUGGGGAAUUGGUUUAAAAACCGGAGGCAAAGAGACAGAGCGGCGGCAGCGAAAAACAGGCUCCAGCACCAAGCAAUAGGUCAGAACGGCAUGCGCUCUCUGUCGGAGGCCGGCUGCACCCCCCACAGCUCGGCAGAGUCUCCAUCCACCGCGGCCAGCCCCACCACCAGUGUGUCCAGCAUGACGGAGCGCGUGGACACGGCCACGUCCAUUCUCUCAGUAACGUCGAGUGACUCCGAGUGCGACGUAUGAUACGCAGAGAGAGAGAGAAAGAGAGAUAUUUUGCAGGGAAUACGGACCUGAACAAACAUUAUAAAAAUAUCGGGGAAGAUAAAAAAGGACCAACUGAUAAUUAUUGAGAAAAAAAAGAAAAGAAAAAAAAGAAAAGCACGUCUUUUUUUCAAGCGCUUUCAAUGGACCCCACGCCUUUCCCUACCCCCAUCACAUGCAUGAUAUAUCAAUAGCUUUUUUUAAUUUCUAUUUUUUUUAAUACGAAGGAAAAAAGCCCUUCUCUCGAUGUUUUUGCCAGGACCACCGAGAAGAGGGAAUUACCAGAAUCCGGUGUCCAUCGCCUCUUUUUUGUUUGAUUUUAUUUGUUUUGUUUAUUUUUAUUUUUAUUUUUAUUUUUAUUUGUAUUUUUGUCCGAGUGAUGACGCGCAGCCAGGAUGCAAUCCUAUUUUCCUUUUUAUGUUCAUCAGACAAUCAUUUGAGUCGUAAGCACCUUUUUUUACUACACUUCUGUCACUGCCUGUGUGGGGUACUGGUCAAAAAAAAUGUGGAACUGAAUCGUUAUGACUGUAUCAGAUUUUUAUUUUUAUUUCGAGAUUUUAUAUUGAAUUAUGUAUAUCUUAAAUGAUGCGAUCAUUCUCCCAGUCUGUAAUAUAUGUGUAGAAAUAUGCCUGUAUAUAAUAUUGCUCUACGUCUCCAUUGUCUUUUCUAUCCCUGUUCACUUUUCUUGACUUGGUGUUCAUAAACUAUUUGUCAAAGCGUAACUAUGAAGUGCUCUAGGCGUUUGGUUUCUCUGUUUUUUUUUUUUUAUACCUUGGAAAAACUUUACGACCAGUCGAGGUUUAUGCAAAAGAAAGGCAACUAAAAAAAGAAAAAGAAAGUAAACAUUGGGAUAUGAUCUACUGAUCCAGCCAAUUUCGUGUUUAGCUUCGAGCGCUUAUUCUUCAAUGUUACUUUCUUGCGUGUUUAUGUUAAUGUAUACAAUUUCUAAGCUAAAAAAUACAGUAUUUCAUUUUGGUAUAAAA